UUCAAUGCAGGAGGAGCAACAACAAGAUGUCGAAGCAAUCAGGAAAAGACUUCUCUCUUCUCGGACACGUGCAUUAUGCAGCACAAUCUUUUAAUUGAGCGUCACAGUUCUGAGUUCAAUACUGUGACGAGAGUCCAAUGUUGCUGUGAUGAGAAUCAUGGCAGGGGAGAUGGUUGAGGUGCAGUGUUGACGGGUAUCUGCGGGAUUUGGUUAGAAUGGAAGCCAGAAUGGCGGUCAACACGUCGUUGACAGAUAUGAGAGAAAAAGAAUGAGUUGAAGCCCGGCAUGGUUCGAGGUGACUGCCUCGGCUGUUCUGUUCUUGAAAAUGUGAACUUCUGUUGAAUGUGCCAAGAAAAGCAGGAAUUGAUUGGCACCAUGUCACACGGUGUCUAUGAAGUUGCCAUUUUGAAUAUGCCACCGGCCCCGAAGAAAUUCUGUCGAAGCCAUUUGCCGGAUGCUUCAGCAUGCAAAACCACUGUUGUCUGACGUCGGCAAUGUCCGGUUUAUUGGACAAUUCCUCUGAUUGAUGUGACCGAUUUGAUGAGAAAAAUGAGGGGAGAACAGUUGGAAGUCUAUAGCAAGUGGCGCAGACGCGUUUGAAUAAGCGUGCUAUGAGCCAAUUUUCGCCUGGCGUUUGAGUUCCCACGACGGCCUGCAAAUGCCGGACAACAAUGGAGAAGGUCAAGGUCAAGGGUUGGCAAUGUUACGACUGGAAGCUCGCAGAUACAAACGAGAGAUGCAACAAAUUUGGAAGCGACGUGAGCUUCAUGAACAGAAAAAAUAUAUCGCCUCCCCGUCCUGUGAAAAUUCAUCAAGAUUUCAUGAUGACGGUUGGAGUUCCUCGAACAUCUGUUCGCCUUCUACAGCAACAAGUGGCACUCUGAUUUUUAGGAAUCGGGAGGAUGGCGCCAUUUCGCGUAUUGGGCAACUGGCUAUCGUGGACGAGGGAACCCAAACUGAUAUCCCUUCUACGAGUGGGAUUCGGAUUGAAACAAAGAAAGCUCAACUUGACGAAGUCGGGGUUCGAAGCAUGCUAGAAAGCAGGACGGAUCUCUCUGAAACCAGGGACAUAUCAAAACUAAGGAUUUGUAGCAGGCAUUGUGACGAACUAAGGAGUAGAAUUACCCAAGAAGCAGCAUGCGAAUGCCUCGCCGACACAGCAGUUCGUGUUAACGCUGAUGUGGUGUUCACAGCGAAACCAAAACGAGUUUUAGUGGGAGGUCAGAUGGAGACCUCGGAUUUCUGUUUUUCCAGAGCACAUGAUCUAGAUGGAAAUGGGAUUGUUUUAAACGCAUCUACAAAUGCAGCAAGUCCGAAUGGAAGUUUGGAAAAUAUCCCGAAAAGCAUUGACCCCGUCCAGUGCUCACCAACCGGGUUGAUGUCCUUGGUCUACCCUGUGCCUCAACGCGACAAUGCCUGUUCGCCGAUCCAUAAUCUCCAUGGAUGUGGUGCAAGUUUUAGAAGUCUUCCAACCAAAAAUAGUAGUACAACUCCCACGAAAAAUCUCUCGUUGCAACUCGGCAGGCUGGAACCUGAGAGAGCUUGGAGUGUCCCUCCACCAACAUUGUCAAGCCAAAUUUCGACGCCUCAACCCGAAGCCUCGUUGGAAAUAAGUGGAUGUAAGCGAGUACAUAACGAAUUGACUGAAGAAGGUGGAAUGGCUGCAAAGUUGGCUACAAGGAUAAAACAAGCUCUGUGUGCAAUCAAUGGAAAGGCAGAUUCUCGUUCCUCGAACUCUACUUCAAGCGUUUCGGGUCAAGCAAUUCAGAGUAUCAAAGGUUGUAGUUUUUUUCAUAAAGACGAAUUUCCUGAGAUGAAAUUCUCAGAAGAACCAGACAAAAUAUGUGAUGGGAGUGGGGCUUCGAACAACAAGGAUCUAUCAGUAUGCAAUAUCUGCUUGCCAGAUAUAUGUGAACAUUCCUGCAGAGUUCCUGUGAGCUCACAAAACCUUAUCAAGAGUACCCCACCCAGUGACGCAGACAUAUACUUUCAAAAUGUUAUUGCUGCUCUCUCCAACGACCGACAUGCUCCACAUAAUCGUUCAGGGAGUAGUGCUGCAGGGAAGGUGAGUUCUGCACAAGCUGUAAGAAAAACUCACCGCAGUGCAGAGGCUACUAUUAGGGCCAAUGUGAAGUCAUGUGGAGACCAUCACGCUACUCACCAGGCUGAUGUAAUGAACGAUUCUAUGAAGAUUGAUAUGCGUCAAUCUGAGAGUAGCCAUGUGAAGGAGAAACAAAAGUUGUUAUCAAAUGUUCGAAAGCUUCAGCAAGUUGCGGAAACAGCGAAAAGGCUAUACACUGAUCUCGUUGAUUGUGCGUAUGACGACCUCAGAUCUUCCACGGAUUGUGGAAACAUGGUUAUCCGUAAGAAUGAGGGUGGUUCUGGAGAUAUCUCUAAGUGUCCCCGGCUCCACAGCGAGGUUUUUGCUUCGACAGAAUCAACUUCCGCAAAUGGAGCAAAUAGUACAUCUGCAGGUGAUAACCAAGGGUGUGGAAAGUGUCAUGUGUCCCUGCCUCAGGUCUUUUCGAAGAAGAACCCUCGGGCUUGUACUAAAGAUACAGCUGCCUACACCAGCAGAGGCAAUUCGCCUUGCGGCUUUGAACAGCCUCCAGAAGAAGCUCGGGCUGACUGUCUUGAUGAAAUAACCAUCGAGUUAUCUGAUGACAUGGCGACUAAUAUCAAAGUGUCACAAAAUGAUUCUAAAAACCGACCCGGUUUCAACGUUGAGAUUUCUACCCCAAAUGAGUCGCCAUGUCAAAGAGUAGGUCCACCGGACAAUCGGGGUGAGAAUGUUGUUAGACAAGGAACCGCAUCUUGGAAGGAAUCAUUAAAAGAUGCUACGCAUAGGAGUGAUCAGGUAGAUACUGUUGAAAAGGAUUCCUCACAAACCAACUGGAGUCAUCAGCUAGUGAAGAAAGCCCCUAACAACUGCCUUUUGGAUCCUUAUUGCGUCGGUCCUCGGGAUAGUUGCCACAUGCCAGCGUAUCGGAAGUGUUCUGGAGCUUGUACUGUCAGCUGCAGCGAGACAAAGAGAGAUUCCAAAGAGUGCUCUCUGGUUCCUAAUUAUGUCGGUCCAAGAAACCAUGCUCGGAAUAAUUGCAGCAAGGCAACUCGUGAGAAUGGCUCGAGAGAUCAAGCGGCGAUCGUUAGCAUCAACCAUCCUAAGAAAGACUCCAAACUGUGCCUCUUAAAUCAUUGUGGCGUUGGAUCUCGAAAUAACUGUCACAUGUCAGCAUGUGAAAAGACUUGUAGGUCUCUUAAUAGACCAGGCGGCAACUCUCGCCUUAAUCGGAAUAAUGGUACUCACUUGGAUGACAAGGAUCUUUCUUGUCUUUGUCCUCGAUGUCUUGUUCAUCAUGAGAAAGAGAUGGUAAAUGCGAAGGAGAAGUUUGAAAACAAUUGUUGUGUCGGGAAACAAGGUAGCAAUGGAAAAGACGAAAAAAGUAAUCUUCGUACUGAGAUUCCUGGUCAUGUUGUCAUUAUAGAGGAAAGAAAAAAAAAGGAUUCGAAGAAAUUCUGCAGGGGCAUGAGCAAGCUUUCUCAGGGACGGUUGAAUAAAAUUUCAAAAGGAAGUCCUCUUACUGAGGACAGAGACCAUAGAGAUCUGUGUACUUCACAUGACGUACGGAGUUCCUCACUAAAAGUAGAAGGGAAUGAGACCACCAAUGGGGGUCACGACGAAACAUCUCGACAGAAUCGUCCUUCAAAUGAAAAAACAGACCUUAACGAUCCUGUAAAAACUGUUUACAAACUGUUUCAAGAUUCCUCUCGAACUAGAGAGGGUGAAAGAACUCAGUUCAAAUUUCCAGCAACUGAGAUUUUCGCAGGGGAGCAUGCUUAUGUAGGAAACGAAACCAAGCAAUCCCCAGUAGUACAUACGACUGACAACGCCACAGCCACACUACGACAUAAGCCGCAGCCGGAUGCUAUAGACCGUGCAGCUGCAGCUGCAGGUUUUGCAAAAGAAAUUGAAUCGAUGAUAGCAGUGCAGCUUGACAAGUCAAGUCGGAGGACCAUAGAAUCAAAUCAUUUGUUGUCUCGACAAAAACUCCUCGAAGACCAGAACGAUUCCUAUCCACAAACGAAGUUGGACAGAGUGGUGCUAGCUGCAGCAAACGCUGUAAACAAAUGCAUGCCAAUAUCAUUACUUCUCCCUAUCAAACAAGAUGAAUUAAAUCAAAAGCCAGUUCCACGCAAGGGCCCGACUCCUCGAGCUACCGUGAUUUCUGACGCAAAUGGAGCUAGUUUUUAUGAUCAACUAGACCAGCAAUUGGAACUACUAGCAUCUCAGAGGAUGAAAUUACUGCGGCAGGAACGAAUUCACCUUCAAUCUCUGUUCGGUCGUCUUCAGGAGCAUGACCCAAAGGCAGAGUUUUAUAUGAAAGAAAGAAGUUCAACUGCUUUUAAGUUCCUGGCCAAUGACUAUGAUGACCUUGAAGAACCUAAAAGGUCUAUGUGGAUGCGAAGAAGCAAUGACUGCUCGACCACUGGCGAUGGGUCUGUCGGCUUUCAGAUUCCAGGAUCCAAGCGACAGCGAAGCAUCACCUUUCCAGCUAGGAAGAGGGGGAAAAAGUUAUUGCGUUUGAGUGUCGGAAAACCUGAAUCUCAUUCUGGUAGGAAGAAACAGGAUCAGCAUACCAUACUCCCGGCUUCACUUAAUCAAGCAUCGAGAUAUUCAAAUAGAGGGUUCGAUAGUCGACGAUCAGUUAAAUUUGAACCUUUCAGUAGUAGAUUUUCCGGCAGGAGAUGUUUAUCUCUUUCUGAAGCCUGUGAUGGGAAGUUGAGUGACACUUCAGGUCCAAACUUUGACGUUUCUUCGAUCAAUAGAUUGAGUUCCUCAUCAUUUGGCAAGUGGAAGCCUCUAUCGGAACAAGCUCAAGCCAAACCUACGACCAAGAGACGAAUAUGCAAUACAUGGAAAAUCAGAUCUACACCAUGGGUUGAAAGGAUGGCUAAAGCAAAGGAUACUUUUCCUAGUCUCUUCCGCCCCAUGCUGCUAGCUCAUCCCAGAAAAGAGCCUCAACUGAAAGCGACUGUUUAUAGAAGAAGUUUUCCUCCUCCUGGGUUGAUGUUUAGAUCAUCAGUAGGAUCAAGUAAUUUUAGGAAGCAUGUUGCUGCAGGCAGAGCGUUUCCUCGUGUGCAACAUAAUCCAUCGAUAGUACGUGGGAAGCACCCAAAUCCAUCUUUUCAGUAUGACAUAAAUACAGGGCGGAAAAUUGUAGAUUCAGAGUUAGAACAGGGAGAACUCACAAAAGCGGAAUGUAAUCUCGUAACAACAAACCUCAAGUCUCGCGCUUCAUGGAUUCGUUCUCCAUCUACGCUCAAUUCAAGGGGGAAUAUUAUCAGAGUAAAAGGUUGGAAUGCCGAUCCGUUGAUUAGAACUGAUAUUCCUCACAAACCUACAGAUAUUAUGCGCUACAACCGAAAUGUUGGACAAGUCGUCCAAGUUCGUAGAGGGGACGCACAUGAAAUGCAUAAAACUUCACCAGGGACGUCCGGAAGAUCGAUGAAUUUGCGACGUGUUACAUUUGCGGGAAUGGAAGUGCACAAUUCUCGCAAUUCGAAAAGUUGCAAGGACUUAUCUGCACAAGGUGAUGCUGCUCUAGAGUCUAUCAAAGCUAAGAAGAAGGCUAUCACAUCGCUACCUGGGAAAGUGAGAAGUGCCGUUGGAAAACGCCGCAACUUUUCAAGAACAAAAUCACCAUCCAUGCGAAGCUCGGAUAAAGUUCACAGGUAUGGCAAUGGAGGCGGACAAUGGGCUCAUCACAAAGGAUUCUGGACAGAAAUGUUCAAAUCUGAGUUUUUUAAAGUGUCUGAGGUCGAUUCAAUACAGGAUAUUAUGACCUUUGGGUCCAUUUCACAGACAGAACUACCUAUGUUGAAAGUGGAAAUUGCUCAUGGGACGGACCCACUCGGAAAGCUUGGCAUUAGAGCUGGAACAGAGGGUUCAUCGAUCAUGGAAACAUCAGUGUUGGAUGGCGGAGAUCUGACUGUUUUUAAUUGUGAAAACAUUCCGCGGAUGGCAAAUGCACCAUCUUCGGAGACAAAUACUGAGAUAAGGAACGAGCAUGAUGUGAAAGUAAAGGGUAGAUCUGAAGAAAUUGGGAAACCUCAAAAUCCUGAUUUAUUCAAGAGCUUAAGUUUCUUCAAUUCACAUGGUCUUGAGGGCAGUGCGAUAAAUGAGCACAUCAGUGUUGCAGUCAAGAGCGAUUUCUUAUCCGAUGCUGGAAGUGACAAAGAUGAGCAAGCCGAAUCUUGCUAUGAGUUCAGUUCAUCAAUUGAGGAUGGACUGGAGCGACAUGAGCGUGAUAUUAGUUCUAAAGAUCUACCUGUGUCACCUUUUACACUUUUGGGUGGCGUAUUUUCAGAGAGCAUAGAGAACGUGAUCCCAGGCUGCAUGAUUGAUCAUCUGCAAGAAUCAACUUCUGUCCAGCAGGAAAUGCAAUCAGAAGUACAAUGUCUCGCUCUUGAGCGCAUCACUCGACAAACUUUUCCUGACGCACUUGGUAAGGAAAACAAAGGACAGUUAAAGAAGAUGGAGUUGGAGCAGACUUUGAUGAAUAUUGUUCUGCACUCAAUUCUGCAGGAUGACCUUUUGCAAGAUCAAGAAGUUUCCGCUUCUAGCAUGCAGCCGAUAUCUUUGCCCAUCAACAGGACGGUAGUCAAGCGGGUUGACAAGGAAGUUGAGGUUUUUGUGCAGUCACAUGAGAUGAUCCGAUAUCCUACACCCGAUGCAGUAUUAUGCAUAAAUAGAACAGAGCAUGGUGCCGUGCCUCAUGUUGGUGUUGCCACAGAGCAUGAUGCCGUGCCUCAUGUUGGUGUUGCCACAGAGCAUGAUGCUGUGCCUCAUGUUGAUGUCGCAACAGAGCAAGAGAUCAUAUCCCAUAUUGAUAAAGGGACAGAGCUGGAAAUAAGUUUAUUUUUCAAAGAUCAGGGCAUCCAGACUGCGGAUGUUGAGCCUCUAAUCCAAAGUAUCCUGAGACCCUCACCUUCAGCACCGCACAAGUACAGUACAAAGCUACAGACUACGCAGGUGCACGACGAGGCAAUUGAGCGUCAAGUUCCUUGUAGUAACGUCGGAGCUCAAACACCAGAAAAAAAUGCUGCUAUAUCAACAACAUCGCCCAACCCUUCGGCUGCGACGUCCAUGUCGAUGCCAGUUUUCUGUCAACACUUGGGAAUUAGUAUCCUUCCUACAAUUCUUCCUACUGUUCACGUUGAGCUUCCUAUUCACGUAACAAGCUCCACGAAUGUACCACCCCCUCCCGUGAGUACAGCAACUUGCAGCUUCCACGCUGGAGUGAACCCAGGAAUACAAGCUACUAGAGCCAAUAUCCAACUGUAUCCCGAAGAGAUUGCUGCACAGGAUCAUCACAAGGUGUCGAAAUCGUCAACCAGAGACGAAGCUUUACCUGAGCAACUUGGUGUUGUAGAGGAAGAAAGCGAGAAAGAGAGUGAUUGGGAAGAUUUGAAGGGAUCUUCUCCAUCAACACCAUCAACACCUCUAUCCUCUCCUGGACAUAAAACGAGUUUAAAGAAAGCGAUGGAACUAUACGCAUGUAAUCCCAAUACCCAAGCAACGGUCCUUGCAAGACAAGAUAUUCAACCAUCAGUUCCGGAGGUGUGUCAGUUAUUGGCAAGCAAUGGUCUUCAGCCAGAUCAGACUUUUGUGGGAAAAUUAGAAUCACCAAUUCAGAUCGCGACGGAAAUGAUAUCCAAAGACUUGAUAACAAAGGAGCCACCUCAAACGUCUGCUGAUGUGACAAGAAGGUUCACGAGUUGGGCAAAACUCAAGAAGAUGGAGGAAGCUGCACUUGUGCUGAUUGGAGCUGCUUCAAUGAAGACGCUCCCCCUCAUAAGUUCAUCUGAGUAUUCUUGCGAAAGUUCACUUGAGUUUCACAGCUUGUUGUCACCAGGCGAAAUGAAUACUGAAGAAGUUGGGAGGAGCAGCACCAACAGCAGAUUUCUUGAUUCCAUGUGCAUUUCAAGUACUUUUAAAGAUCUCUUGGAAAUAGAGCCUCAAAUUCAUGCAUGGGGUUCGCUUGGCAGUGGACGAGCUUCUGUUGGGGAGAUUGGUAAUCCAAUUCGCUUCUUUGGAUCGUUGUCAGAGGGUGAAGUCGAAGCUGGAAUCUUGCCAUCAUCGAACGAGUUAGGGGAGAUUCAUAGACACAAUUAUACCUCUCAGCAAGGAUCUGAACCCGGAGAAUUGGAUGCGGUUGCUGAUGUCUCCUCUCCACGACAAUUAGCGACCCACUCAGUUGUUUAGUAGCUUCUAAUCAACUAUUGCUUGAUUCAAGUUUAUUAAAACACGUCUUCUCAGAUUUUCAGACAACAAUUCACUUUUGACUCACGUGAAGCCGGACAGAGACUGCUGUGUCGUGAAGUGGACUUCUUGUAUGUAUCAAGUAGCUUCUAUUAUCUCCUGUUGUAUAAAUUCACAUCUAGGUGCAUCCACGGUAUCCAACUAAACAUUUAAGAGAGUAGAUUUGAAAACAAACCCCCACGUGCUUACAGGUACUGAUUUGUAUACUUAAACAGAAAAAGUAUAGAUUGAGUGAGGAUGAAUCUGCAAUUGCAACUGUAAUGUUAUGUGCAACAUGGAAGCCACGCGACUUCCACAAAUUUAAGUAUCGAAGACUCGUGUUUGAAUA